GGUGCCAGCACUAGUAUCUUCACAGCUACGUACAGCCUAGAUUUCAUCUGCAUUUCACAUACGGAUUUAUUGUUUUCCUGCGCUGUUAAUUGCAAUUACCGCACGGCAAUUAAAGUGGUGCCAUCGAGGACUACCGCCUGUCGCACCGUUAGCCGCGAAAGUGACGUGAAACGUGCCCAGCAACUGCGCCGCGCGCGAGAGCGAGAAAGGUGGAGCAGAGCAGAGCACUGACAGAGAGGAGCGGAGCGGAAAAACAAGGAGGAGCUAGCUGAAAAGGCAGCAACAAAGAAGCCCAUACACGCACACUCACCCACACAAGCACACGCACACGCACACUAGCGUACGGAGAGAGAGACUGCAUCUGCGGGCGCUCAACAAAGAGAGUAAGCAUCGAUCGCGAGAGAGAGACUGUGACUGUGACUGCGACUGCGACUACGGCAAAUCGAAAACGGACACCACAGCCAAAUGACGGAAUACAAACUGGUCGUCGUUGGAGCCGGAGGCGUGGGCAAGUCCGCGCUCACCAUCCAGCUAAUCCAAAACCAUUUCGUGGACGAGUACGAUCCCACAAUCGAGGACUCCUACCGAAAGCAAGUGGUUAUCGAUGGAGAGACCUGCCUGCUGGACAUCCUGGACACCGCCGGCCAAGAGGAGUACUCGGCCAUGCGAGAUCAGUAUAUGCGGACCGGUGAGGGCUUCCUGCUGGUCUUUGCCGUAAACAGUGCGAAGUCCUUCGAGGAUAUCGGCACCUACCGUGAGCAGAUCAAGCGCGUGAAGGACGCCGAGGAGGUGCCCAUGGUGCUGGUGGGCAACAAAUGUGAUCUGGCCUCGUGGAACGUUAACAACGAGCAGGCAAGAGAGGUGGCCAAACAGUACGGCAUUCCAUACAUUGAGACAUCCGCCAAGACGCGCAUGGGCGUGGACGAUGCAUUUUACACACUGGUGCGCGAAAUCCGCAAGGACAAGGACAACAAGGGGCGGAGGGGCCGCAAAAUGAACAAGCCGAAUCGUAGAUUUAAAUGUAAAAUGCUCUAAACGGCCUCGCAUUGGUUAUUAUUCACUUUUUAUUUCUUCAAAUGUCGCCUGUUUGUCUGUAUGUGCGUCGGCGGAUCGCCGAUCGUCCCGGAAUCGAUGGUUUGUCCAUUUUGGACACACAAUGCGAAAAACACACACAUGUGGGAGCGUGUUGGUCGGUGCAAUUGUCAGAUAAAAGAUGAGAAAUUGUAAUUAAUUUAAGUAACUAGAGUUUUAUGUACGUCGAAAUGAUUUUGUGAAUGUGUGUGUUUUGUGUCGUUUGAAAGGCUGCGAGGCGCCCUUUUAAGAGUAUUAACAAUAACAAGCAAACAAAAACGAACGAAGCAAAUCGAAAAUGAAAAUGAAUAUGUACCUCUACAUAAAAACUAUGAAUACUGUUGUAACUGCCUUGGUUCAGCUGCUAUAUCCGUUUGUUUUCAACCAGCACUUAACUUGAUUCUAUGUUGUUUGUACUUUAACAGAUACUCCGUGCUUAAAACCAAAACGCGAUGUAAACAAAUAUUGUGAAUUUUUAGAGCCCUGUUAUCUAUUGGUUUUAACCCGACAGUCAUACAUAAAUGCAAUCUUUUUUCGCACACACGCACGAGCAGAAUUCCAUUAGUAUUCAUCAUUAGAGAACAAACAAACAAAUGCCGAUAAGCUCACAGCAAUUUUCGCACAAACGAGCAAAUUCGCUAGCCCCAAACUAGAUUUAUGUUCAGUUAAACACAUAUUUGUGGUGCUACGAUGAUGAAAUUAUAAUCCGUAUGAGUUCUUGAGAUAUGCCUUUCUUUCUACUUACCAUACUGACAGAUCAAUCGGAGAGAAAACAAACAGCCAAUUAAAAUUACAUUAUAUAGUUUGCUUUAAGCUUUUUAUACAUACAUACAUACAUUUAAUAUUUAAUUUUUUGUAUUAAUUUUUGCCAUACAAAAAGAAACGAAAUAAAUCGAUUGUGUGUACUAUUUA